CGCGAGACGGUACCGGUGGACGCGUCACCGACGUCAGGUGACGGACGCAGCCGGUGACGCCGUGACGGUGACGUCAGUGUUAUCCGGUGUGACAUGCGAUAGUGGGACAGACGCUGACGAUGCCAGAGCUCCGUACGAUGACCUGGUGUUCACUGCGACAGAACAGCUCUGCGCUCCUGCUCCUCAUCUCUUUGAAUGUGUUUUUCCAUAAAGCGAGCCUGGCCGGACCGGUGAUACGACUGCCUCAGCUGACCUACGGCGGGUCAGCGAACGUGACGGCGACUGCCGGUCAGACCGCCAAGCUGCCCUGCAAUAUCCAGGAUCUGGGAGACAGGGCGGUAUCGUGGAUUAGGAAGCGCGAUCUGCACAUCCUAACCACGGACAUUUUCACAUACACAUCGGACGCCCGGUACCAGGUAGCCCAUCCGGAGGGCUCCCAGAACUGGACGCUGUUGGUCAAAUACGCACAGGCCCGUGAUACUGGUGUGUAUGAGUGUCAGGUAAACACGGAGCCCAAAAGGUCGUUGGCCUUUUAUCUUCGAGUAGUAGAGGCUUUUGCCACAAUCCAGGGUCCACGACAAGUGUACGCUAAAGUGGACUCAACACUGAGGCUCACUUGUGUUGUGAAUAUGCCAACCACUGGCUCAGAAGCGGUGGCACUCAGCUGGCUACAGAACGGCGAACCGCUGGCCGCCGACCGCUGGGUCACAGAGACCUCACAGGAGUACGUCACCUCGCGGCUCACCAUCAGCGGCGCCCGGCUGCGCGACUCGGGCGCCUACACGUGCGCGCCGGCCAACGCGGCGCACGCGCACGUACAGGUGCACGUCAUUAGCGGGGAACACCCGGCGGCCAUGCAGCAUGGAGCCGCGCCAGUACAACAUUGCGUCACCCCUCAUCACCUCAUUGUCACCCUGCUCUGCUUUGUCGUCAUUGUUCACUGUAGAUAAUACAAUGCGUGUUUUCUUAA